CUCAUAUCACCUAACUGGAAGUGGCAUAUUGUCUUUGAAGAGUGUAUGGUGCAGCAAAGCGAGAGUAAUGUUGGCAGUAUGUUCAUCUGAGUGCAAGUGUGUUCCUGGUAUAUGAUUUUGUUCAUCUGCAGAUCUGGAAUCCUGCUCCUGUCCAUCGCUGACUCCAGUCUGGGACUUUCUCUGUGCAUGAUGGUGACACGAUCGUCAUCCUGGGAGCUGGAUACGGUUUUGUAUAUAUUUGUCUUUAAGGAAAAAAAAAAAAAAAAAGUGCUGUGUUUUGAGAAAUGUGCUGUGAUGUAAAAAGAAGGUUUUUGCUCCUAUAUGCAACACAGAAGGGGCAGGCAAAAGCCAUAGCUGAGGAAAUAUGCCAGCAAGCAGGUGCCCAUGGACUUGAAGCUGAUAUGCAUUGUAUGAGUGAAAUGGACAAGUAUAACCUGGAAACAGAGAAGGAUCCUGUAGUUAUUGUUAUUUCCACUACUGGUACUGGAGACCCACCAGACACUGCCCGCAAGUUUGUAAAGAAAAUUCAAGACACAACCUUGCCACCUGAUCAUUUCGCGCAUCUCCAGUACGGAUUGCUAGGUCUGGGAGAUUCAGAGUACACCUUCUUUUGUAAUGGUGGAAAGACAGUAGACAGACGACUUCAAGAACUUGGUGCCCAGCACUUCUAUGACACAGGAUUAGCAGAUGAUUGUGUAGGUUUGGAAUUAGUGGUUGAUCCUUGGAUUGAUGGACUUUGGCUUGCCCUCAAGGAAGCAUUUCUAUUGCAGAAAGAAAAAGAAGGCAUGAGCAGUGAUGUUGAUGCUGUUUCUAGCUCUCUCUCUGCAGCCCCCCAUGUAGUGCAUGAACUAAACUUAAGCUCAGAAGUACAGAACUUGAAGCUAGAAGAUGGGGGAGUGAUGAAUUCUGAUGUCCUGACACAGAAACUGGUUGACAUCAGUCUUGUCGCUUCAGCUGGAGACACUGAACCUUCACUUGUUCAUUCUGUCCCUCCUGUCUCUCAGUCUGCUCUUAAUAUUCCUGCCUUGCCACCAGAAUAUAUAGAGGUGCAGUUUCAGGACACCCAUGGUGAGAAUCCACAUCUGUCCUCACUCAUUUCAGAGGGAACAACCUUUGAAGUGCCAGUUACAAAAGCAGUUCAGCUCACUAGCGAAGAUGCAGUAAAAACUGCAUUGCUCUUAGAACUUGAUAUUACAGAUACAGCCUUUGACUAUCAGCCUGGAGAUGCCUUCUGUGUAAUAUGUCCCAACAACGUCAGUGAGGUGGAAGAACUUCUUCAAAUCUUGGGACUUUCUGAAAAAGGAGAUUAUUUCAUUUGUGUAAAGGUUAAGCAGGGCACUAAAAAGAAAGGAGCAACUCAUCCACAACACAUCCCUGAAAGAAGCACUCUGAAAUUCAUUCUAACCUGGUGUCUGGAAUUAAGAGCAAUUCCCAAAAAGGCGUUUUUGCGAGCUCUUGUAGAAUGUACCAGUGAUGCAGGAGAAAAACGGCGGCUUCAAGAGCUUUGCAGCAGACAAGGAGCCUCUGAUUACACACGCUUUAUUAGAGAGUCUAAUGUUUGCUUGCUGGAUUUACUUCAUGCUUUUCCAAGCUGCAAGCCUUCACUUAACCUGUUAAUUGAACAUCUUCCUAAAUUACAAGCCAGAUCCUAUUCAGUGUCAAGUUCAAACUCAUAUCAGCCAGGAAAACUAUGUUUUGUGUUCAAUAUUGUGGAGUUUCCUGCCUGUCCCACUAGAGCAGUCGCACGGAAAGGAGUAUGUACAGGCUGGCUUGCUGAGUUAGUUGCACCUCUACUGCAUCCCAAUAAAAACAUUCCGGAUACAAAAGGAGGAAACCCUUCAACUGAAAAGGUAUGUAUUUUUGCUCGUCCAAACAAUACUUUCCACUUACCUGGAGACCCAUCUGUCCCAUUCAUGAUGGUUGGUCCAGGAACAGGAAUUUCACCAUUUAUUGGUUUCCUUCAACAUCGGCAAAAGCUCAGAGAAGAACAUACAGACUGGGAAUUUGGAGAGACAUGGCUGUUUUUUGGUUGUCGGCAUCAACAUCGAGACUAUUUGUUCAAAGAGGAGCUCAAAUGUUUUCUUGAAAAUGGCACGUUAACUCAUCUUAAGGUUUGUUUCUCAAGAGACUCUUCAACUGCAGAAGUAGCCCCGCCUAAAUAUGUGCAAGAUGCCAUUAGGCUUUAUGCUAAGGAAGUUGCCAGAGUCCUGCUGAAAGAGAGAGGUUACUUCUAUGUAUGUGGAGAUAAGAAGCACAUGGCUGAUGGUGUAAGUGAUGCUGUAGUGGACAUUAUAAGCAUGGAAAUGAAAGUUGACAAGUUGGAAGCAAUGAAAAUCCUGGCCACUCUUCGAGAGGCAAAACGAUAUUUGCAGGAUGUUUGGAGCUAAAUACUUAGCUUUUCCUAUGCCUUUGUAACACAAAAGAUUUUGUUUCACACUUACGCUUUUGACUAAAAGUUAUUGUCAGAAGUGCUGUCUGUAAUCACACAAAUCUUAACUUUCUCUGUUGACCUUUCAAACAGGAAUAUGAAACCUUUUAAAUGACAGCAAGCCAGGCUGCCUUUUGAAGCGUAUGAUUUUUUAAUGACGUUUACAAAAAAGACUGCCUCAGUGCCUUGAUUCUCUCAUUAUAAGUUCACCUUCACAUAGAAAGUAAAACCUUGUACAAGUAUAAUUGUAUGUUUACAUUACAUCAUGUAUUUUUUCCUAUAAUGUAUACAUAAAGAAGCUACAGAGUAAACGUGAUGUUACACGCUAAUCUGUGUGUCAUCAAAUAUGUUACUGACUUGCCAAGAUUUAUUUGAACAUGUAUUGGGUUUGUGAGGCAAGGUUUUGGUAGCUGGGGGACUAGAGGGGUGGCUUCUGUCAUAAGCUGCUAGAAGCUUCUCCAUGUCAGCUCCAAGAUGGACCCACCUCUGGCCAAGGCCAAGCCCAUAAGCAACCAUGGUAGCACUUGUGAUGUGAUAACACAUUUAGGAAGAGGAGGCAGAAAACUGUGGGGUAGCAGCAACCAGAGAGAGGAGUUGAGAAUAUGAGAGAGCAACAACUCUGCAGACACCAAGGUCAGUGAAGAAGGAGGGGAGGAGGUGCUGCAGGUGUCAGAGCAGAGGUUCCCCUGCAGCCCAUGGUGAAGACCAUGGUGAGGCAGGCUGUCCCCCUGCAGCCCAUGGAGGACCCCACGCUGGGGGAGGUAGUUGUGCCCAAAGGAGGCUGUGACCACAUGGGAAGCCUGUGCGUGAGCAGGCUCCUGGGAGGACCUGUGGAGAGAGGAGCCCACGCUGCGGCAGGUUUGCUGGCCCCAUGGGGGACCCACGCUGGAGCAGUCUCUUCGUGAAGGACUGUACCCUGUGGAAUGGUCCCAUGUUGGAGCAGUUUGUGAAGAACUGAAACCCACAGAGAAGUUUGUGGAGGACUGUCUCCCAUGGGAGAGACCCCCCACUGGAGCAGGGGAAGAGUGUGAGGAGUCCUUCUCUUGAGGAGGAAGGAGCAGCAGAGACAACAUGUGAUGAACUGACCACAACCCCCAUUCCCCGUCUCCCUGCGCCACUUGUCGGGGGGGGCAGGUAGAGAAACUGGGAGUGAAGUUGAACCUGGGAAGACGGGAGGGUGUGGGGGGAAGGU